GUCAAGAAGGAGAAAUAAGUGUUUCGAAUAAACAUAGGAAAGUCAUCAACUCUCAUCAGGUUUAUGAUGUUUUUAUAUCUAACGGCAACACCCAGAUGCUAUUUGACUAAGCGACCUGAAAGGAAACCCUAAAAAUGUCCUGUUAUGGAUGUGGUUCCGGCUUUGGCUUAUUUUCAAAGGAGCAUGGAUGCAAACAAUGUGGAUAUGCAUUUUGCGGAAAAUGUUUGACGAAAAAGACUGCCAUCCCUAAACUUAAAAAUGAAAAACACCAUGUGUGUAACAAGUGCUUCAACAUCCUCACUGGUAAAGUGAAAGACUCCUCACAGAACAGUGCAGCCAAGUUUUCUCCUCCAGAAGCCUACAAAAAACGAGUGGCGGCCUUACAAGAACGAGAAUUACAGGGGUCUGGUUCAUCACAUUCCAAGCCUGUCGGUAAAGGUCAGACAAAGGCGCAGUAUAAGGGCCUCACGGCAGCUGAAAGGGACAUAGCAGAGCGGCUGGAUAAACUCAAGGAAAAACCACCAGGGAUUGAAUCUGUACCAAAGGCAACAGAGGAGGAGAUGAAGGAACGGCUGGCUAGGUUAAAGGGUCAGGACCCAGCAGUAAUGGCCGCCCCUACCAAGCUGACUUUCAUGGCCCCAGAACGACGUACACAGCAGGCCCAAAUAGAUGACAUACUGGAUGAGAUCGCAGCUGAGGUAGAAAUAGACUCGCACAUGCCUGAUCCUGUCAAGAAGGUUGAAGAGCGCCUGGCUAACUUGAAAGGUCAAGGACAAGGUGAUAUUGGUCAGCCUUCACCAACUGGUAAUCAACAAAAUAAUUUGAACAGCAGUUUAACAGACAACACUCGGCCAUAUGUGCAGAACAUUGCGUCGCCCUCAGAAGGGUCUGCAGCAGGUAAGGAUAAGGAUGACAUCAGUGUGGAGGAGAUGCAUCGGCUGAUAGCUGAAGCAUCACAGGAAGUGGAGGCAGAUGCAAACAAAGCACUAGAAGGUCUUCAGAAGGACAAGGAGAUCAUGAAGAGACUGCAAGAUUACAAGGGCAAAAGUAAAGAGGACAUCAACAAAGACAAUGCCCAAGGAGAGGACAUAGAUGAUUCUGACAGUGACAAUGAAAAUGAGGAUGAACUGGCUGCAAAUCUGAUCAAAAGGUUAAUGGAGGAGCAAAAACUUGAUGAAGCAGCAGGCAGGGACAAUAUAGAUGUCAACAGUGUUGGAGUGAGGAGAUCACAGAUUAGGUCUAAUGAGGAAAGGUCACAGGAGGAUGAGGAUGAACUACCCUACUGUUCUAUCUGUACUGAGGAUGCCAUGGUUCGCUGUCAUGGUUGUGAUAUGGAUCUUUACUGUAGUCAGUGUUGGAAUAAAAGCCACAAAGACUUCCAAAUGGAAGACCAUGUCACAUCAAAAUACAUAGCCCCCAAGGGGAUUACUUGAUUGAUGGCAAAAGGUCUUUUCUUCAAGCCAAGAGACAAUAUUACAUUGUAUCUAUACUACAUGGGAAUCACUUGAUUGAUGGCAAAGAACUUUUCUUUAACCCCGGACUCUUACCUUACUAGAGGAGGAAGUAUUUGAUCAGUAGCAUAGUCAUGAAUUAACCAUUAUCUACACCGGAAUUUAAUCCUCUCCGAAGGAGUUACUGUUGUGUAAGCUAGAAUUAAUGGACUUUUCCCUUAUCAACAUGUAAGCCAGAAAUUAAUAUUCUCCACGCAACAAUUUAGCAAUAAAUAUUCUCAAAGGAAGAAUUCAGCAGUUAUUACCCGGUGGCAUGCUCAAAGAAGUUUGUGGCUAUUAAAUAAAUAUUCUCAAUGGAAGAUUGAUGUUACCAAUUAAUAUUCACAAAAAGAAGAAUUUAGUGUUUAUAAUUGUGCUCAAAAGAAAAAGAUACCAAUUCAUAUUCUCAAAGGAAUAAGUUAGUGAUUUCUUUGCCAUAAUUGUGUAUUUCAAAUGCCAGAAGAUAAGUUUUGCUUCCAAUUUUAUGUGUUUAUAUUAUACAGCAUUGUUAAACCUGUUUAUUAAUAAGCUUUUAUAUAUGUUGUUGACACAUUGUGUGUAUAUGUCGCUCACAGUGGUCCAAGGAUCAGGAACUAACCACGGUAGUAAAUACAGAAUUCACGUUUUAUUUGCCUUGAUGUAAGGAAUAAAUUAUUAUUGAUGACAAAAA